AUGCCGCGAGACGGCUCGCGUGGGCGAUUGCGAUCGUAUGAAGCUUGUCUUAAUUGUCGACGAAAGAAAACGCGAUGUCCGGCAGAGAGGCCAGUGUGCUCGAGCUGUGCUCGUCUCAAUCAGACAUGUCUCUAUACCUCUGGCCGGAGAGCACCUCAUGAUGAAGAUCCAUCUCCUGCCAAGUCGUCAUCAAAUUCACUCCCCAGCGAGUCGAACUAUGCCCUCGACAAUCUACUUGCGCCUGAGCUCGGCUUCGAAGGCCCCGAAGAUUCAAGUCUGCAUAUCUCAUCACUUACCGUUGCCAAAGCAGUAGAUCUCUACUUCCAGUACUGCCACCGACAGCCGAUUUGGUGUUUCAAUUACGAAGACCUUGAGGAAAUGGGUUUUCUGCCAAAGGAGCUUGUCUAUAGUAUCCUCACGCUGACGACCCGUUUCUGCGCCGCCCACGACAAAUCGCAGUUCUAUAGCAACACGGCGAGAACAUUGAUCAUGCUUCGUGUUGCAAGUGGCACGGUGGACUUGGAGACAAUUGAGAGCCUAUGUCUGCUCACAUAUUCGCUCUUCAUGGACGGAAACGUGUCCCUGGGUCAGUUCCACCUGGGGUUCGCGUUUCAGCUUUGUCUUACGGCCAUGAUCGAUGUCGAAGCCGCUUCACCAACCCAGAGCCCUCUAUCUCAACGGAAAAAGAGAGUCUUCUGGAGUCUUCUGUCACUAGAACGGUCGUACGGCCACCAGAACAGAUUACUUAGACUCUCCGCUGAGCCAUUAUGCCCCUGCUGCGUUCCAGACAAGACAGAAGACGACGAGACCAUGGGCUGCUUCGACCCCGAAGUCGACAUAUGGAGUCUAUCCUCCCACUUCGGCUGGGUCUGGAGCAGAGUGCGAACUUACGUCUCUGACUGCGCCCAUAACAACCUCAAAGAACCUUGGCGCCACGACUCCAUGUACACAAUGAUCCUCUCCGACCUGACAUCCGCCGAGAACAAGCUCUCCCAGAACCACCGCUACGACUCGGUCAAGUUCUACGAACGAACAGCACCUGAAGUCCGUCUCAACAAAAGCUACUGGGGCCCCUGGCUGAAACUUCAAUUCACGUACCACUGCAUCCUUACCAUGCUCAACCAUCCGUUCCUAUAUAUCGUUGCGUCGCAGCAUAAUCCCAAUUUAGCGAUUCCAAAUGCAUUCUGGAGAAAGUCGAGUGAGUUGGCGCUGCUGCACGCUACAUGGAUUGUGAGGAUCAUUGAUAUGGUGACGGAGAAGGAUAUGAGGCUUACAGAGGCUUUCUUUGGGCAUGCGGCCGCUGUUGCUGCUACGGUGCAUCUUUAUUAUUGUCGGGCUGCGGAUCCGAGGUUGAAGUUCAAGUCAAAGACGGAUUUGGCAAAGUGUCGGAGGUUUUUGGAGGGGUUUGUGGAGUUUUCGCCCGCUUGUCGGGCGUUAGACCAAACGCUGGAAAAGAUAAUACAUAUGGCAUUCGGAUCCGAGAAUGUCGACUACGACUGGACACCCUCCCGAAUCUAUCUCAGCGUUAGUCUAAUGUGGGACAUCCUACGAGCGAACUGCAUGCCCGAGUCACAAGAACCUUCUACAACCGGCCUCCUCCAUCCAUCCCUCACUCCCACCGCCACACGCGAAAGCUCAGCCCAAAGUUCAUCCACAUUAGAAAUAAUCGUUGCUAUGUCCCCAGAAGUCACUGUAAAUACCGCAGACGGGGGACAGGCAGCGCAUAUGCCUCCCAGGGUCCGAAACACAACAGCGGCAAUGACGACUCCGGCGCCAUCAUCUCCGGACAUUGACCUCAGGGGAGAGAGAUUGGUUGUGCCGAGUGACAAUCUUAUGCUGAACACACCUUGGCUGUGGACUGACCCGAGUCAGUUUGGGGACGUGGAUGGGGUGAAUCGGCAGGAGUUGGAAAAUAAUAUGGAUGGGUUGUUUACGUGGUGGGAUUUGGGGAAUUUGUAGCAAAUUAUUAUAGAUUUAUUUUCUUCUCUACAUGGUGUGUUUGUGCGUGCAUAGUAUUAGAUGCAAAAGUCGCUAUUAUCUUGUUCUCAUUAGGUACAUCUCAAUAAACAUGAAGCAAAUCCCGUC